AUGUUUACCCUUCUUCUUCCACUCUUGGUUGUCUUUUGCGUCUCCGUGAGAGCAAUUUACCGUAUCUACUUUCAUCCCCUUAGCAGGAUCCCAGGGUCCAAACUAGCAGCUGCCACUCACCUGCAUGAAUUUUACCAUGAUGUUAUUCGUGGUGGAAAGUUCAUAUGGGAAAUUGAGAAAAUGCAUAGAAUAUAUGUUGAAGGUCCAAUUGUGCGAAUUAACCCGCGAGAAGUCCAUAUCGCUGACCCAUCUAUGUACGACGAAAUCUAUGCUGGGUGUGGCCGAAAGCGAGAGAAGGAUCCGUGCAUGGUGUCAGCUUAUGCAUCAUCGUAUGCGGCGCUGGCGACUGUCGAUCAUGACCUCCACCGCGCUCGUCGAGCCCCACUGAAUCGGUUCUUUUCGAAGAAGGCUGUAAUUGAGCUCUCCGGAGUCGUUCAGCAAAAGGUUUCCUUUCUUGCAUGGCACCUGGAACGGGUAAAUGCCGAGCAAGCGGUGCUCGUUUUAAGUACAGCCUUCACUGCACUUACGGGAGACAUCAUCACACACUAUCUCUAUGGCAAAGACAACGGGUAUCUGAGAGAAACAGACCUGGCCAAAAGAAACAUAGUAUGGGGCAUCUUGGCUAAGGGCACUAGUGCCUGUCAUUUGUUCCGCUUUUUUCCGUUUAUUCCCACCCUAACCAAAGCUUUGCCAAUACAGCUCAUGCGCCUUGUUCGUCCCGAACUGUCUAAUGUUUAUGACAUGCAGGAGCAGAUUGCCCGUCAAUCAGACAAGGCUCUGGCGUCUGAACGCGGGGCAAAACGAAGGACAAUCUACCAUGCUCUGAGUGAUCUUUCUGUACCUGCCAGCGAGCGGUCUGUAGCUCGCCUGCGCGAUGAGAGCUUUAUUGUCCUCCUCGGGGGCACCGAAAGCACGGCAGCAACAUUGACGUUGGCCACAUAUCAUCUUCUGCGGAAUAAAGACAUGUAUUUCAAGCUCCGGCAAGAACUACAGCAAGUCAUGCCCGAGCCAACUAGUGAAGCGAACUGGGCACAGCUGGAGAGGCUGCCAUACCUGACGGCUGUCAUUAAUGAAGCUCUCCGGCUUGGAGCAGCGGCUUUGAGGCCAUCGCGAGUGGCACCAACAGAGACACUAUAUUAUAAGGGAUACGAGAUCCCGCCUGGUACUCCAGUUAGCACAAUCAGCUAUUUCGUCCACCGUAAUCCUGCGAUCUUCCGUGACGCUGAAAGCUUCAAUCCCGAGCGGUGGAUCCAAGCUGCCGACCGAGGGGACAACCUUACCAGGUACCUAGUUCCUUUCACACGAGGCAGUAGGAUUUGUAUUGGCAUGAACCUGGCGUAUGCAGAAUUGUACAUGACGCUGGCAGCCAUUGUGCGUCGCUUCGACCUGGAACUUUGCGAGACGCACCCAAAGGAUAUGGAAUUCACGCGAGAGAUGGUAGUGCAGCGUCCGGAAAAGGGAGUGUGGACGCUCAAGGUUCGAGUAGUGGGGAUCAAUGAGACGUGA